UUUUUAUUCUUCGCACACCAUGAGUCGAGGAGCAAGAGGUUUUAGCAGAGGAGGAGGACGCGGUGGGGGACGUGGAGGUUUCCAGCAGCGUGAUUUUGGUCCUCCAGCUACAGUCGUCGGUAAGAUAUUCAUUAUCUUUGCAAUUUCGCGUCACCGUUUUCACGGUUUGCAGAAAUGGGGACAUUCAUGCAUGCUGUAGAGGAUGAGAUGUUCUGCUCCUCUCUCAUAUCAGACAGGGUUCCCUACUUUAACGCUCCCAUUUACCUCCAAAACAAAUCUGUGAUCGGCAAGGUCGACGAGAUCCUUGGCCCUAUCAAUGAAGUUUAUUUCUCAGUCAAAAUGGGAGAAGGUAUGAUUGCAAGUAGCUUCAAGCAAGGAGAUAAAGUAUAUAUCGGAGGCGAUAAAUUGCUACCCAUCGAGCGAUUCCUCCCAAAACCAAAAGUUGCAGGUAUGCUCUAUUUUAUGGGUCUUUCCACUUCUGCGCCUGAGCCUUAUUCUCUAGGUGUAACAAGUACGUUUUCUCCUCUCUUAUAUAUGCUUCCGAUUCACUGUAGAUCAUCUUCAGAACGCGGGCGCGGUACCGCAAGGGGCAGUGGGCCGCGGGGACGGGGUGCCCCUGGGGGACGAGGACGGGGAGGACG